AUGUGUAUUCAACCAAUUUUUGGAAAUCAUCGUGCACCAUUACUACUUGAAACAUAUGAAACAUGUAUUAAUUCAUUUCAAAUCCAAUCAAAGGUGGUGCGAUUAAUAACUGAUAGUUGUUCCAGUAACAUAUCUGCAUUUAGUGGUUUAAUUAUACCCGAUUUUGAAUGUCAGUUUCAAAACGAAGAUAAUGAAUUACAUUUCGAUUCGAAUAGUGAUGGUGAAGAAAGUGACGAUGAGAAUAUUACGAAUGAAAACAAGGUUCUUGUUGAUAUACAAGAUGUAUUACAAACAUUUUUCCAUUCAAUUGAAACUUCAAAUCAAUCAUUUCGUUUGCCUUGUUACGCGCAUACUCUUCAAUUAAUUGUCAAUGAUGGAUUGAAAGGUGUACAGAACAAAAGGAAUAAACGAUUUUAUGAUCUUUAUAAAGAUCCCAUCUUUUUAUUGGCACCAUUCUUAGAUGGUCGUUUUCGUUUACAAUGGAUAUCAACUUCAACUGUAGCAGAAGAGGUACAAGAAGAACUGUCUAACAAAAUACAACAACUUGUCUUAGAACAAUGUUUUGUACUUGAUCAUGUUAAUGAACAACCUGUAACAUCAAAUAAUGAUAAUUCCAUUCCUGGUACUCCAAAACGAAAACGCUUAUUUACAAAUAUGGUCAACAAGAAUGUUAAAACAGCAAAAUCUGAUCCAUUCGGUUAUAUCAAAGAUGAAAUACGUAAAUAUUUAAAUGAAGAUGAUAUGGGUGCUAUGUUUCUUAUAAAAUCUUCAAAGAAUUAUCCGUCGUUAUCCAAAUUAGCUCUUAAAGUCCUUUCGACUCCUGCAACAUCAGCACCCGUUGAGAAGGUCUUUAGUCAGAGCGGCUUUUUAUUUCGGCAACAUCGAGCGUCGAUGACGAGAACAACUUUACAACAGACGACAAUGCUGAAACGUAAUCGUGAUCUUCUUUAA